UGAAACAAAAAGUAACACGUUUCGUUUUGUUUAUUAUAAAGUGAAAAGUAAAGAAGUGAAUAAUACAAGAUGUCUGAUUCCGCAGUUGCUGUAUCCGCGUCCCCUGUGACUCCACAAACAGCCCCAGCUGAGAAGAAGGUGGCCACUAAAAAGCCUGCAUCUGCAUCCGCAUCUAAGGCAAAGAAAACAGCGGCCCCUCCAACACACCCACCAACUCAGCAGAUGGUGGAUGCAUCGAUAAAAAAUCUGAAGGAACGUGGAGGCUCAUCCCUCUUGGCUAUUAAAAAAUAUAUCAGUGCCACUUACAAGUGCGAUGCCCAGAAACUAGCUCCAUUCAUUAAGAAGUACCUGAAGAAUUCAGUUGCGAGUGGAAAGUUGAUCCAAACAAAAGGGAAGGGUGCAUCUGGUUCAUUUAAGCUGUCUGCAUCGUCCAAAAAGGAGCCCAAGCCAAAGGCAUCCUCCAUAGAGAAGAAAACUAAGAAGGUAACUGCAUCGGCAGCACCCAAAAAGAAGAGUAUAUCUGCCACCAAAAAAGUAAAGGGUACUGCUGAUAAGAAGUUAUCGAAGGCUGUGGUGGCCAAAAAGAGUACCGACAAAAAGAAAGCAGACAAAGCGAAGGCCAAAGAUGCAAAGAAAGUGGGAACCAUUAAAGCAAAGCCCACAACAGCAAAGGCGGCAAAGUCAAGCGCAGCAAAGCCAAAGACGCCGAAACCUAAAACUACAAGUGCUAAGCCUAAAAAGGUAGUCUCUGCAGCAUCCCCGAAAAAAGCCGCUGCAAAGAAGCCAAAAGCAAAGGCUGCGUCCGCAACAAAGAAGUAAUUUCACUUCGAAAUUACUCGGCAGGGUAUAAACGAAUUUCAAAACAAUGAAAUUUGCAA